UCUGAAAUCAUGACAACAAUGAUGAAACUCAUAAACUUCUUGAGAGCAUCAUCUGCACUGCAGCACCGCUUGCUGCGCACAUUCCUAACAGAGGUAGAUGCUGCUUUUGAUGAUUUGCUCGUGCACAACAACGUCAGAUGGCUGAGCAAAGGCAGGGUCCUGGAGCGUUUUUGGGCCGUUAGAGAAGAGCUGCAAGUGUUUCUGUCCCAGCAAAAUAGCGCAAAAGCAAAACAGUUCCUGGAAUUUCUGCAAAAUGCUGGGAAAAUGGAAGCUGUGGCAUUUUUGGCUGAUAUAACCUCCCAUCUCAAUGACCUAAGUCUCAAGCUACAGGGGAAGAAGAACACAGUGUGUGAGCUGAUGUCAGAAGUCCGUUCCUUCCAGAGGAAGCUGGAGGUUUUCAAAAGUGACAUACAGGAGGAACUGCUCCACUUCCCCAAACUUCUGGAACUGACCAAAGGAGAGGGAGAUCAUCAGUGCCAUUUGGAAUUCUUGGAAAAACUCAUUGCAAAUUUCAAGACUCGCUUUGAUGGCUUCAUUUUGGGAAAAUAAGUCCUGCUGUUCAUUGAAAACCCAUUCCUGAUCAGAAAUGUGAGUGCGUUCUCUGCAGAAGCAAAACAAGUCUUCCCAUGGGCCAGAGCUGCUUCACUGCAG